UGCUCUGGUCUCAGCUGGACUGUUUCUUUUCACCCGUUUCACUGUUCAUUAGAAAACAGGAUGGUGUCCCCUGCGAUCGCCUUGGCCUUUCUCCCCCUCCUGCUGACACUGAUAAUCAGGUACCGCUACUACUUUGUGCUGUUCUAUCGGGCCGUCCUGGUUAGGAUUUGGAAGGACUGUGUGACCGGUUUGAGCAGAGAGGAGCGUGCGUUCCAGUACGUUCUGACCAAUGCCACGCCCGGAGACCCCGACAGCAUCCUGGAGGCCUUCGAUUACUGGUGCAGCAAGGUGGAGUUCAUCAGCAACAUUGGGCCUAAGAAAGGCAAGAUCCUGGACCGUCUGCUGAUGGAGCAAAGCCCUUUGACGGUGCUGGAGCUGGGAGCUCAUUGUGGCUACAGCACGGUCAGAAUUGCCCGGGCUCUGCCCCUGGGCGCCCGGCUCUACAGCAUCGAGAUGGAUCAAAGGAACGCUGCCAUCGCUGAGAAAAUCAUCCGUCUGGCAGGAUUCGACGAUGACACGGUGGAGCUCAUCGUGAAUCCAUCUGAUGAGGUAAUUCCUCGGCUGCGGUCUGACUACAACUUGGAGAGGCUGGAUUUUGUCUUCAUGGACCAUUGGAAGAAAUGCUACCUGCCUGACCUGCAGUUGCUGGAGGCCUAUGGUCUGCUGGGGAAAGGAUCUAUGAUCGUAGCUGACAACGUGCUGUUCCCCGGGGCUCCGAAGUUUCUCCGAUACCUCCGGAAGUGCGGCCUGUAUGAAUGGAAGAUCCACCGUGCCACGCUAGAGUACAGCAAGGGCAUCAGGGAUGGGAUGGCCGAGCUGGUCUACCAGGGAAUUAAAUAAAAUAUGCAUC